AUGCAAUCUACCAACGCUCAGCCCACCCAGAAUAGCACCUCACCUCAAGCCAACAAAUCCAAGGGUCCACCAUCCCCACCUUCAGCGUUGCCCGAAAGAAUCCCUCGACCUCCAAACUCCUUCAUAAUCUAUCGCAGGGAGCAUGCAAUCAAGUACCCUGGCCUGGUUGCGGCCGAUCUCUCUGCCAAGAUAGCCCACGCUUGGAGGAACGAGUCCCCCGAGGUACUGGAGCAAUAUGCCGAACUGGCUGAGCUCGCCAAGUUGAAGCACAAACUCCAGUUCCCCGACUGGAAGUUCACCCCGGCCAAGCGUGGUACCGGCAAACGUGCUCGCAAACAAGCUGCUGCUGCUCAGGCUGCCAUGGAAACCGGUGGCAUCCUCCCUGCCCAAGCCGGAAGUUUGAGGCAGAGCGAUAACAAGCGUCCUAAGCACACUGCGCUGAAGAAGAGGACCUCACGGUCUUGUGGUAUCUCGGCCUUGGCUACUCCUUCUCCGUCGCCCUCGGCAUCCUCUUCGCCCUCUCCACCACCCGAGGAUAUGAUUACCCCUUCCAACCGUCCCAGACGCAAUAUCCAGCGCCCUGAGCGAUUCUCUCCUUGCGGCCACAGGGAGUGGCCUUCCCACUCUCAGACCAAGUCGUCCAGCUCCUCUGACCUCAAGUCCUCUGCCUCCAAGGGAACAGUGUCUUCCUCACUCUUCUUCAGCAGACACUCUGGCCGUUCGUCUCGCCCCGCCAAGACCCUCAAGUCAUCUGCAUCAGCCCGCUCUGUGACAUUUACAUUGCCGUCUGAGAGUCACGAGGGGUUCAGCCACACCAGUGUGGACUUUGAUGACUUUGAUUUUUCGGACGACUUUCUCUCCUCCGGAGAGGAUGAAGACGAGGAUGAGGAGGAAUACCAUGACGACAACGACUUUGCCGACAGCGACUACGACGAAAACAGAACGACGUUGUGUUUGACAGAUGCCGACCAGGAGUCCUUCUCCCAGUCUGAUUGUGUCAAUUCCCCUGGUCGACCAAGAUCAAGAUCGCCUUCCUUCCAAUCCGACGAGCACUUGUUCUACGAAUCCACCUUUCCGUUCCCACACACGAUGGAAAACUUUGAGCCCGAGUGUCUGCCUCGCUCGGAUCAGCAGUGGCCUACCGCAACUUUGGUGGGCUCCUUUGGAACUAUCCCUACUGAGCCCCAUAUUCAACCUAACCCGAUGCUGUUCUCGGAGUACAUGUACCCUACCCCUGGCCUUGAGGAGCCCAUCAUCAACUUUGCCGCUUAUGCCAACUUUGAUGACCAGGACAAUAUUGAGGUCGAGGUGGAAAGCAAGGAUGGCGACAAGGCUGUGGUGGGUGAUGGUAGUUCCGAGGUUGGUACUCGGGCUCUUAACUUGGCGGUGGAUAUCAUUACCACCUCUGCCGCUGCUGCUUCGUGCUCUUUCUUUCCCAUGGACUCGAUGAUCCCCUUAAAGCUCCUGUCGCCCACCACUGCAACUGCUCGUGCGAUGGAGAGCAUGAGCCUGUCGGCAGUCGCCUCUUCCGACAACGAUGGCAAGGAUCACAAGGGCAAUGAGUGUCGCUAA